AUGCCUCCGUAUCUCAAGGACAAAUACUUACCCAAGUUUCAUGCACAGCGACGGUAUCGAGACCGCGAUAGAGACAGAGACCGGGACCGAGACCGAGACCGAGACCGCCGAGACCGGGAUCGUAAUGGUUAUCGGCGGCGAGACCGUUCCAUAGAUCGUCGAUAUGACGGCCGAAGAGACGAUGACUACAACCAUUCGAGGCGAGAUAGGUCAAGAGACCGAAAACGUUCAAGAGAUCGUGACGACCGACGACGGAGUAGGGACAAGGACAUACGGUCAAGGCGAGACGAGUCGACGGAAUCACGAAAGCGAAAACGAGACGACAGUCGUGAUCGGGGUUCCAAACGAGACCCGGCUGCUGUCUCGAGAGAGGUGAGUUCUACACCGCUGCCACGUCCGUACGGGGCUCAUGGACAAUUACAGGCAUCGAAGCCAUCCACUCCUACCUCUCAAACGGCCGAGGAGCAGAAGGCGGCUCGACUUGCCAAGCUGGAACAGUGGAAGAGGAAACAAGCUGAAGAACAAGCCAGGAAACAGAAAGAGCUUGAGGCAGCAGGUGGAGCACGGAGCAUUCUGAAUGAGAUUGACAGGAGAGCAGGAAUCUCGCCAGUCGUGAGCUCGCCGCAGUCCCCUGCCCCUGCCGCUGCCGUCCCUGAAAUUCCAGCGCCGGCACCAGCACCAGCCUCCGCUUCUACGUCUUAUGCUGGCAAGUUUGAUCCGAAAGCCAUUGCAAAGAAAGCACAACAUGCGUCUACAUCGGUCAAAGUGCUUGGUGGAGAUGUACCGGCGCCAAACUUAACGAACGGCCAUGUAUCGGUCGAGGACCAGAAUCCUCCCAGCUCUGGCGUUAAUGGCUCAUCAACUGCAAAAUCUCUCAAAGCGAAGGGCAACCUGGGAAAGUUUGGACUCGGGAGCAAAACCUCAACCGACACGGAUCUGUCCAAAUCCGCCCUCCGUUUCGAGGACGACGAGGGGACGAAGAAAAAACUCGAAAAGCUCCCAGACAUGCCAUUGGAAGAGAAUGGAGACUCUCCUGCUGGCCAUGCCGAUGAAGCCGAUGGCGACGGUGAUGUUGAUGUCGAUAUGCAAGAUGAAGAUGUAGGAGAAGAGGCGUUGGCCGCCGCGCGUGCUGCUGCCGAGCAGCGAAGCAAAGCAGAACGGGGCGAGGAUACAGCCAUGGCGGAUGCUCCCGUACCUGCAGCCACCACGACCACUGCAAGUGCUCCGGAAGAGGAAGAAGACGAUGUGGACCCAUUGGAUGCUUUCAUGCAAGACCUGCAGCCUCAGCAAGCCAGAAAGCCGUUCGGUCAGACAUCGACAUCCAAGUCUCGGCAGCAGGAGCCCGAGGCCCUUUUUUCAGACGAUGAUGUCGAUUUCACUGCCAUCGACGAUGACAACCCUGACAACAUUCUGUCGCUGGCAUCGGCCACUGCCAAGAAGAAGAAGAAAGACAUUCCCACGGUCAACCACUCAAAGAUCCAAUACGAACCGUUCCGGCGCAACUUCUACUCGGAGCCUGUUGAAAACGUGGGCAUGACAGAGGAAGAAGUGGCAAUGUUGCGAAUGGAGCUUGACAACAUCAAGGUCCGAGGUGUCAAUGUCCCAACACCCGUGCAGAAAUGGGCGCAGUGUGGUCUGGGUGUCCAGGUCCUCGAAGUCAUCCAAAGGCUGGGUUAUGACGCGCCAACAAGCAUCCAGGCGCAGGCCAUUCCGGCCAUCAUGUCGGGCCGAGACGUCAUCGGGGUCGCCAAAACGGGCUCUGGCAAGACCAUUGCCUUUCUCCUCCCCAUGUUUCGGCAUAUCAAAGAUCAACGGCCGUUGGACCCGCUCGAUGGACCGAUUGUGUUGGUUCUCAGUCCAACCCGAGAGCUGGCCACGCAGAUCCAUAAAGAGUGUAAACCCUUUUUGAAAGCUCUUGGGCUGAGGGCGGUCUGCGCCUAUGGCGGUGCGCCCAUCAAAGACCAGAUUGCCGAUCUGAAACGAGGGGCCGAAAUUGUGGUGUGCACACCUGGCAGAAUGAUCGAUCUGCUUGCUGCCAACGGCGGGCGGGUGACCAACUUGAAGCGCGUCACGUAUGUCGUACUGGACGAGGCCGAUCGCAUGUUCGAUAUGGGGUUCGAGCCUCAAGUCAUGAAGAUUCUGUCCAACGUCAGGCCAGAUCGUCAGACCGUGCUAUUCUCGGCGACCUUCCCACGGCAGAUGGAGGCCCUGGCCAGAAAGACUCUGAGUAAACCAGUCGAAAUCGUGGUGGGCGGUCGCAGUGUCGUGGCGCCGGAGAUCACACAGAUCGUCGAGGUGCGAGACGAGAGCACCAAGUUCGUCCGCCUCCUCGAACUACUGGGCAAGUUGUACGAAGACGAGAAGAACGAAGAUGACCGGGCGCUCGUCUUUGUGGAUCGACAAGAGUCCGCUGACAGCCUUCUCAGAGAUUUGAUGAAGAGAGGGUAUCCCUGCAUGUCGAUUCAUGGUGGAAAGGAUCAAAUCGACCGCGACUCGACCAUUGCCGACUUCAAAGCCGGCGUUAUUCCCAUCCUCAUUGCCACCUCUGUGGCUGCUCGUGGACUUGACGUCAAACAACUUAAACUUGUGGUCAACUACGACGCCCCCAAUCAUCUGGAGGACUAUGUACACCGAGCUGGUCGCACUGGAAGAGCAGGCAACACUGGCACUGCGGUGACGUUCCUGACGGAAGAGCAGGAUCGAUAUGCCGUCGACAUUGCAAAGGCGUUGAGGCAGAGCGGGCAACCAAUCCCCGAAUCUGUGAAGAAUCUCGUCGAUUCGUUCAUGGAAAAGGUCAAGGCGGGCAAGGAGAAAGCCGCCACAUCUGGAUUUGGUGGCAAAGGUCUCGAACGACUCGAUCAGGAACGUGACGCCGCCAAAGCUCGGGAGCGCAAGACCUUCAAGACUGGAGAUGAGGGCGACGAUGAAGAAGAGAAGGACGAUGGCAAAGAUGACAAAUUGGGCGACGACCUAUUUGCGAAGGCAGCAUCGACCGUCAAGGCAUUCGAUGCAACUCCGUCCACCCCACUCCCCGGGGUGCCCAAAGGUAUUGAUCUGGACGGGAAGAUCACUGUGCACCGGACCGAGCGGGAACCUGCGUCUUCUGGGCCGACGAGUCAGAUGGACAAGGUUGCCGCCGCGGUGGCUGGCAUCAACCAGAAACUCUCCAAAGCCGGGGUCAUGCGCUCCGGUGUGCCGAUCGACAACAAAGGUCCCGAUGCCGGAGCCUUCCACGCGACCCUGGAGAUCAACGACUUUCCUCAAAAGGCCAGAUGGGCCGUCACCAACCGGACCAACGUGGCCAAAAUCCUCGAAUCCACCGGCACGUCCAUCACCACCAAAGGCUCCUUCUACCCGGCGGGCAAGGAGCCCGGGCCCACGGAAAAUCCGAAGCUGUACAUUCUUGUCGAAGGCGACACGGAGGUCGUGGUGCGCGAUGCCAUGAGAGAGCUGAUGCGGCUGCUCAAGGAAGGCACCAUGAGUGCAGCCGAGGCGCCGGAGCGGUCAGGAGGACGAUAUUCUGUGGUUUAG